ACUACUUGGAAUAUUGUUUUUUUUUUUAUUUGUGAGCAAAAAAUGGAAUUGAUUAAAUUCGCGCCCAUAUUUCUGCUUAUCGUAUCGUCUCUAGCCCAAUAUGACAGCUACGAGAGAUACGAAGAUUACCACCACAAGCCAUUAGUUCACCAUGAACACUUGGACGAUCAUCACGGCGAAGAAUAUGACGUGGAUUAUCAUGCGCAUCCUAAAUACUCUUUCGAUUACUCCGUCAAAGACCCGCACACCGGUGACGAUAAGGAACACUGGGAGACCAGAGAUGGUGACAAAGUUAAAGGCUCAUACACGGUCGUCGAAACUGAUGGAACAAAACGCAUAGUGGAAUACGAGGCAGACGAUAAAAACGGUUUUAAUGCUAUCGUCCACAAAAUUGGCACUCCACACAAAGAGAGCGAGGAAUACAUUGCCAAGCCUAAUUAUGAAGAAUACAAUGCCAAGCAGGAAUACGAGGAAUACAAACAGAAACCGGUAUACGAGAGUUACUCUCAUGACGAUUACCAACAAUUAGAUGGUGGUUUCGUACCAAUUGUUGGUAAUUAUGAACACUAAAAGCACAAAAUACAACCUACCUUUGACUAGUAAAA